AUGUCUAGCAACAACACUCUCUUCAUGACCCGUGAAGAGUCUCACCGAGUGCAAAACACCGUCCGGGAUCGCCUCAAGAAACUCGAACAACAGACUAAUCAGCCAUGGGAAACUAUGGAUUCCCGUGCUUUAAUCCAGCAAGCCACUUCGGUGUCCCUGAUACAGGACCUCUCAUCAGCGGCGUUUGGUCUAGGAGCACCCAAGAGCAAAGAGACCAUGCUAGCAUACGAUGUCGGCCGCCCAUAUCCACCCUGCACCGCCAAACUGCAAGAUCUAGAGCACAUGAAAAUUCCCGAGUUGAAGAUGGAAUCACAUCAUCGUGGCUUUGUCCUUGCUUUGCGGCGCGUAUCUCCAGUUGCCGAGUUGGAGGCUUCAUCCUGGGCCGUUGUUCAGGGAGAGUCUCCUGACGAGGUGGAACGGCUUGAAGUCUUCUUGCACAAGUCAAAAAAUGGGCGAGACGUCCUCGACAUGUGCUCCGAGCUGCUGGUGAAGGAGCCCUACUAUACUUUGAACCACCAAGGGGAACGAACCAUCCGAGUCGAUCAUCCUUCUGAUCUUGUUGUCACUUUUCUCAGUGAGAACCCAGAAUCGUGGCGGCAGAGACGUCACACUGCCGCAGAUCAAACCAAGCCUCCAGAAAAGUGCAAGGAGAUGGGCAAUGCAGCCCUGAAGAAGGAGGACUUUGCGCGAGCACACGCCUAUUAUACCGAAGGACUGCACCAGAGUGUCGACGCAACAGAUACCCUGAUCAAAGACCUCUAUCGAAACCGAUCGCAUGUCAACCUUCUCCUGCAACGAUAUGACGAGGCCAGAGCCGAUGCUAUAUCCUCUCUUACCGACGAAGCAGACAAGGCCCUUGAUGCAAAGGCUUGUUACAGAGCUGGCCUGGCAGCAUAUUCUCUCGGCGAUUUUGACUGUGCCAAAUAUUUCUUUGAGCAGCAAGAGAAACUCCAGCCUGAUAGUCAUGCCAAGCUCAACGUGCGGAGGAUCAAAGCGCGACUCCAGGAGCAAUCUACGGGAAUCUACGAGAUGACCAAGGUUGUCAGAAGCCUUUCCAAGAAUCAAGGCAGACCAGACGUUGCCAGUUUUUAUGGUUAUACUGAGGUCAAAGCCAGUCCUGGAGCUGGCAGAGGGCUGUUUGCAACUCGUGACAUUGAACCCAACGAGAUCAUCAUGUGCGAGAAGGCCUUUUGUGUUGCCUGGAGUUACGAGCCUGAGGCCUUUUCUUCCUUGACUUGUGACACUCGAGACGGCGCUGAGAUCAGGGUGUUUCCUUCUGGUUUACACAAGGUAGUUGUAGACAAACUCCUCAACAAUCCGUCCCAGAUCGAGAGAGUCCUGGACCUCUUUGGGGACUACUCGGGCCUUGGCAAGAAGUUAGUUGAAGUUGACGACGAGCCUGUGGUUGACACCUUUCAGAUCCACGACAUCAUUCAGCGAAACGCCUUUGGCCCUGGUCAACAAACCGAGGACGAAGACAUCAGCAAUGCCAGCACGGGUCUUUGGAUAAGGGCAUCGUACAUGAACCAUUCUUGCAUCCCCAACGCCAAAAAGGACUACAUUGGCGACUUGAUAAUUGUCCGUGCUACACGUCGGAUUGUCGCGGGUGAGGAAAUAUUGCAGAGCUACGAUGAAGCUACCGACUACGAUGUGAGAAUAGCGUCUUUGCAAAGAACUUGGGGUUUUAGGUGCAAGUGUGGGUUGUGUUUGGCAGAAGAAGCUGAUGGGCCAGCUGUACGGGAGAUGAGAAAAGAGCGCGAGGACAAGGCAAACCGUUUCAUCCAACAGGAAAAGGCGGCGGGAGCAAACAGAAUGCUCAUCAACAAGGCAAAGCGCCUCCAACAGGGCAUUUAUGAGACAUAUGAUAGAAAGAGAUACAAAGAUCUGCCCCGCCCAGGCCUGAUUCAGAUCGAGAGGUGGCUCGAAGAGGCUGGUACAAGGUGGUGA